AUGAGGCACUGGGGGUGUAGAUUCUGCGUCGCCUCGCUAGUAGGAGCAUUUUGGACCUUGGGUAUUGGGGCAGCCGACUAUAAAAGACACGAUGGCGUCCAUCGGAUAGAGAAGGAGGCGCAAAUCACAAAGGCCGCUGGUCUUGCUCGACGAGCCGAAGAACAAUGCGCUACGAGCAUGAAGUUAUGCCCCGCGAGCCUUAAUGGAGGAUGCUGCCCUGAAAACUACGACUGUGCCAAAGAGAGCUGUCAAGCGACGACAAAGGGGCCUUCAACAUGUGGCACGAAGAUCGGUUGGCAUGUUUGUGAGGCUGUAUAUGGAGGAGGCUGUUGCCCUGACGGGUACCUAUGCGAAACUGCUGAUGGCUGUGUGCCACCAUCUGGAUCGCCAUACACAUACGGUUGUCGGAGCAGUCAGUUUUUGUGUCCAUCAUCGCUAAGCUACGGCUGCUGUCCCAACGGAAUGGCAUGCGGUGUGAACCAGUGCUACUCGUCCGAACCUGUGACUGUUACGAGCACCAUGGUCAUAACAACAACAAUAAGGGGGGAACGAACGACUUAUAGGACAACGGCUAUUACUGUCGAAACCCCGACGGUCCCUACAGCUCUUCCAACAGUCGACGCUGGCGAAAACAACGAUCAAGCAGUUCUGAAAUACUUCCCUUCGACAAUUCCCAAAGUCAGCCCAACGAUGUCGGCUGAUGGGGACGAUGGUAAUAAGGGAGGUCUUUCAGCCGGUGCAUUAGCUGGUAUCGUUGCUGGCUCUGUAGCCUUUUUGAUUAUUGUGUUAGUGGCAGCAUUCAUAAUCAUUCGCCAUUUGAAUAAGGUUGUUGCUGCUGUUGGAACACCAAAGACAUCCAAUGGUUCCAACUCUCACUCUCGACCUACAAGAGAGUUCAAGACGGCGGACUCGGAAGUUGAUGAACUGAGCGCCAAUCCUUUGAUGCAUCCAUCAAUGAUCCCGCCUCGGCCGACGAACCCCGGGCCAGACUCAGCGGCAACUUCACCAUUCGGCAUCGCAAGCCCUGAUCGCAGCUCCAAUGAGCCUACGCCUGGAGGAAAUGGGUACCACGCAGUAGCUGGAAGUGCCAAUACAAGCAGACACCCCAGCUUUGAUGCAAUGGGCAACAGGGACGACUACUUCAGUGCUGUGGCAGCAGGCGAUCAGCAGCGGACGAGUCAGAUUUCCAGGUUCACUGGAUCAACAAGGAACCGAUCCAGUACUGAUUCGCAUGGAACUUAUACCCAUGUCCGAAACUACAGCAAUGCCUCUGAGGGAUCUGAUGGUACUCCGGGCGUAAUGGCAGGAGCCCAUUCUACGGCGGAACUCGAAGCAACGCCAUAUAUACCAGAACUACCAAGCUCCCCAUCCUCGGUUGUAUUUCCACGGGACGAACGACGGCGAUCUUCCGGCAGUGCUGCCAGUAUACCAAACCGGCCCGCUAUUAGUCAACGCCAGUCAAGUGGCACAAGAACACGGAGUGAUUCUCAGGGUCAGAGUAACCUCAGCAUUGUCAACGAAGAAAUGCAUGGUUUCUACGGGCCAAGUGAACACCUCGUGGGUCAAACGGACUCUCACCGGCCUGGUACACGGGGAUCGAAUAACCUCAAUCGGCAGCAAGAUGUGCCCAGGGAGCAACCACGGCCGGUGGCUGAGGAACCGUAA